AUGUUUCACGAAGGGGAUCUGCAGAGUGGCAUAGAACUGGCUGUCCAGCAGUCCAAGGCCGUGCUGUGCUUUGUUGAUGAUGACACGGAGACGAGCGCUCAGUGGAAAGACAUCUUGGAAGAUGAGACCAUAUCUCACGCCAUCGCAGCCCAGGCCGUUGCGCUCCGACUCCAGGCAGGGUCGCCAGAAGCGGGCUUCCUCACCCCGAUUUGCGCAAUCAACAGCACGCCGGCCAUCGUUGUCAUCAAGGAUGCCCAAGUCCAGAUGAAUCUUCAGUCUGCCGAAGUACCUUUCAAGGAAUUGAAGCCAAGGCUUUCGACAACAUUCAGUACACAACAAAAUCGACAAGCUCAGGAAACCAGUGAACCCUCCUCUACAGACGCCUCCGAUGUGGCUGUCGAAUACCUAGACCUCCAACCUCAACCGGGCCAGAUGAGACUGCCGAACAAUGCCUACGAUGCUCUACGGAACUAUACCCAGAAACUCCUCGACGAAGGGAAACCCCAUUCAGAUGUCUUCGAAACACAGUUAACCCUGUUGAACAACAUACCUAUUUUCAAGGAAGAGGUGUCAAACCUGCGAGGGCCUAAAUCAAGGCGAGAACUUUCAGAAUAUGCAAGGUCACGGCUACUGCGACUUCCAGCUGUCGGGCUGAAGAUACCGGACCAGAGUAAAACAGCUGCGGCGUCAUCCUCACAACUGCCUCAGCAAUCAAUCGCGCCAUCAAAUCCACCUGUCGCAGACUCGGAGGGCGAAGGAGUCUACCCAACACCAAACCGUACGGCACCAGCACCGCAGACCCAGUCGCAGUUACAUAACACUCCACAUACCGACUCCUCGCAACAAGCCGCAAUUUUCGAGCCUGAUGAGAAACAGAAAGCCCAACGGCAGGAAUACAUCCGCAUGCAGCGCGAGCGCGAACAGGCCGCACAAGCCGAGCGCGAACGGAUAAAGGCGCAAAUAAAAACUGACCGCGAAGAACGACGCCGAGUGGACGAGCUUCGCAAACAAGGCUACCGGUCAUCAGAAACAGACACGGAUUCGACUUCUACCUACGCCCGUGGGGGGGCUAGAUCUCACGCGACCGCGGACGUGCGGGUCCAAGUCCGCACGUUCGAUGGCUCGACUUUGCGAACAUCACUGCCGGCGUCCUCACGUAUAACCGACAAGCUCCGCCCCUGGAUCGACGAAGCCACGAGCACAAACGUCCCAUACAACCUCAAGCUCAUACUCACUCCCCUGCCAAAUCGGACUAUUGAAGCCGGCGAAGAAGAUACUUCGCUCUCAGAUUUGGGUAUCGUGGGAAGUUGCACCCUUGUCAUGGUGCCCGUGAAGGGCUAUGUGGAGAGUUACUCGACUGGUGCGGGCGGCUUGAUGGGGCAAAAUGGGCUGUUAGGCGGUGUGGGAGGGAUGGUGAGUGGGGGAUACAAUAUCGUUAGUGGCACGGCGGGGUGGGCUUUGGGCGGCGUCAAGUCCCUGUUGGGCUAUGGAGGCCAGCAGGUGGGAACAACUGGCGCGAGUAGUAGCAGCACAAGCACACCCAGUGCGGAACAAGGUGCUGGAGGACCCAAGAACGUGCGGAUUCGCACUCUGGCGGACCAAAGGGCGGAAGAAGCGAAGAAGAACCAGCAAUUUUACAACGGCAAUCAGUUGAACUUUGAGCCGAAGAAGGACGACGAUGGAAAGAAGAACUGA